AUGUUAGUGAAAGAUGACGACGUUCUGAACGAGCAAAGAGCAAUUACACUCGAUGACGGAGAGACAACUGAUCGACCACACGUAAUGAACAAAGACGUCGAGAUCAAGAGUGAUUCACCGCUCAAGUUUAACAGUCUGUAUCUAAACUUGAAUGCAGAAGAAACAGUUGAUCAGAGGCAAGUGACAGUAGCAGCGGAGGAAGAUGAUAACACAACUGGCGACUGUAUCAAUCUAAAUCGUCGAAUAGUAGAAGCUAUUAUUGGAGAACAAAAGCUGACAACUACGAACAUCAAUGAUAUCAAAAUGCACCUUGGUCCUGUUGUAGGGUACGCCGAAGAGCGUUUGUUGCCACUUUCGAAAGCAUGUGUUCCGCUGACCAACAUCAUCCCCGAUUUAUCAGUCUACGUUCAAAUGGCACUCGACGAAACUCCAGAAGAGCCACCUGACGGACUGACGAUUGAUGAGAGUGCUGCAAUUCGGCUCUACACGAUCGAAUGGGAAGGAGCUCAUCGAAGUCUCUAUUCGAUACUUAAUUACACCCUGAAGACGGCGGAUCGCGAGGAUCUUCGACCCUAUUUCAAGUAUCUGAAACUGUUCCUGACUGCCCUGGCUAAACUACCAUGCGUUCCCCCGCUGACCAUCUGA